AUGGACCCAAUUAAAAUAUUAGGGGCUGCAAGCUCAGCAGUUGGAAUCGCUAGUUUUGGUAUUCAAUUGAUACAGGUCCUGACGAAGUAUGCGAAUGAUGCCAGCUCGGCCGCUCAAAAUCUUCGAGCAACGUUGACGAACAUUCGUGCUGCGAGCAAUUCCAUUGAACAGAUUAAUAUUUUUUUAAAGGAGGAAAGUGAGCGCGUCGUGAAGCAGAGACAAAAGGCGACACUUCUCAGUAUAGAAGGUAUCAGAAAAUUUCAACAAACGACCGACGAUUGUUUGAAGAUCUUCUGGAGAGUGGAAGCCUGGGUUCUCAACAAGGACGAUUCACCCGAUCUGGAAAUCAAGAUCAAGCUUCGGUUGUGCGAAUACAAAGAAGAAUUGAGGGCCAAUCCAGGGAAGCAUCCAAAACUCCUGAAAGUCGACGAGGCUCUAGCAAAAGUACGCAAGUUCAAGGAAUCGCGACUUGCGAGAUACAUAAAUCCACUAGGAGAACACAAGCUUGAUAGAUAUUCAAAAGAGCUUCAACGACUUCAAGUGAGCUUGAACGUCUUCUUCAGUAUUCUCAAUAUCAGAGCAGUCCAGAAUCAACCUGCAUUAUCUUCCAAUGGUUCACUGAUUGCUCAUAUGUAUAAUAUGGCUCGACAUGACGCUCAACAGGCACAAUAUACAAAUAUCGAACUUUGUGCAGAACCACAGCAGAAUCAUUCAGUGGACUAUGAAUUUCAUUCAGGAGCGAGAGAUUGGGAAACAAAUCGUUUGAACACCGGAUUCAUGCCACUAUUGAGCCGAACACAAUACAUCCCGGGAAGGAAUGAAGGGGUACCAUAUAUUGAUAGCUCAUACACCGGAACAGGCUGGCCUCAGAUUCCACCAUAUCAUGUCGCACAUUCUGAGAUACAUCCACGAGAUCCUCCAAAUUCUCACCGGUUUCUCCUUCCAGCGGUUCCUGAUGACCCUUGGAAGCUUUUUCGACAAAGAACGCAUGUUGAGAAUGAAGAUGCAGUCAUCGACGCUGCUGAAAAUCAUAUGGCGCAUUUUGAUGCUAAAGCGAGACGGAAAUUCAUUUCUACCAGUACUUUGGACAACGAUGAUACAAAGAUAUAUCCAGGAGAGCUGAAUGCAGACGAAAGGUCUCGCAAAGAUCAUAAGGAUGAAUCGCGGCACCAGAAACAAAAAGAACGGGAAAACUCCAAGUCUGGAAAAUCUACGCCAUCCCACCGUUCUGGAGCACCCUGGAGCGAGAGGGGAGGGGUUUCGCAAACUGCAGUUACGCUUACGCCAUUGGUCGAGUAUGGUUUUGACUUGGCACAUACCAGUGGAGUUUCAAAGCCGGAGAUACAAACCGACGAUAUUGAUGAAAUUUACACGAUCUCUGAUUUGCGCAAGAUAUUGAAAAUAACUGUUCCGUUUUACACUCGCGUUUUAGAGGAUAAACAGCCCCAGUCAGAGGUAUCCAUGGAACCAAAAUCGCCUGGAUCAGCUUUGAAAUAUAAGGGAAACGACCUUUCACAUCCGAUUGAAGACACCUUUGGGGAUAGGGAUUUGUCUGAUGUAUUGUGCAUAUACAAUUCACUCACGAAUCCUUGA